AUGCCCUCAUCAGACAAGAAUAGAGCAUCCAGCAUCAACGCGGACGUCGAGAUGGUAGAGCGAGUUUUGCCCUCCUCUCAGGUUGCCCAUACCACUUGGAAGAACUAUGCUUUCACUUUCGUUGUUUGCUUUGGAUCUUUGAUAUACGGCUACAGCUCCAACGUCAUUGCCGGUGCUCUUGCGCUGCCCUCGUUCACCAACAGGCUGUUGCUGCCAGAUGUCGAUCCUCGCACGAGCGGUCUCGUGGGAAUCUUCUUUGCUGGAGGAGCGUUUGGCGCCGUGAUCCAGCAACCCCUUUCUGACAGGUACGGGCGGCGCUUUGCUAUGGCCUCAUCUGGUAUCUUCCAAGUCAUCGGAGCAGCACUCGGCGCUGGGUCCUACCACUACGCCAUGUUUAUUAUCUCGCGCUUUUUCGCUGGCAUAGGCAGUGCCAUCUCAUUGACGUUGCCCCCCGUCUUCAUCAGCGAGUUGGCUCCGCCACAAUCUCGUGGACGGUUGGUAUCGUUCCACGUGGUAUUCCUGAACCUCGGCUACUUGACAUCUGCCUUGGGCUCUCUGGGCUUCAGUUACAUCUCUCAAAACUACCAGUGGCGUCUUAACUUUAUUGUCAACACUGCGUUGUCAUUACUACUCGUCUUCCUCAUUUACACUAUACCCGAGUCUCCCCGUUGGCUGGUGUCUCAAGAUCGUGUGGAUGAGGCUGCCAAGAUCCUCAAGAAUCUGCACCAAAACGACUCAGACCCUGAUGGAGAUUUUGCACACCAUGAGCUUCUUCAAAUCCAACAGCAGUUUGAAGAGGCUAGACAUCUUCCAAGCGGCUACCGACACAUCCUGGCUACCCGCUCUCACCGGAAACGCGCCCUUUGCACUAUACUCGUUUGGGUGACAGGCAUGUCCACAGGAGUUCUUGUCAUCUCAGUCUACUCGACUGUGCUCUUUGCAGGCCUCGGCUACGACUCUUCCGGCAGUCAGUUCGCCAUGUCAGCCGGUUGGCUCUGCUGCUGCAUUAUUUUCGCUGGUUUGGGAGGCUUGUUCGUGGAUCGUGUGGGCCGCGUGCGCAUGAUGGCCAUGGGAGGGCUUACUUGUGCUGCAACCCUGGCUAUCGAGUGUGCCAUGCAAGCCAAGUAUCUGGGAACCACCAACAAGGCAGGAAACGCUGUGGGAGUGACUGCCUUCUUCCUAUUUGCUGCAGCAUACAAUGGCUUCUACGACGCUGGCUCGUUUGUGUACACUUCGGAGAUUUGGCCGAAUCAUCUGCGAAGUGAGGGUGUGACGAUUGCCAUGGUCACCUUCUACCUCACCAAUGUCGCUUGGUCCUCACCAGCAUCGAUCGCUCUCGCAUCCAUAGGUUGGAGGUACUACAUUAUCUUCAUUUGUGUCUCUGUUGUGUUGAGCUUUGCUCUGUUGGCGUACCUUCCUGAGGUCAAGGGGUUGACGUUGGAAGAGGUUGGUAUCAAGUUUCAGGACGAAGUGCCGACUCAGGCGGUUCACAAGUGUGAGGUCCGCUCGGAGGAAAAGGGGAUGAAGGAGAUUUGA